UGCAUAACUAGCUGUGUGUGCAUGUGUGUGUGUGUGUUUGUGUUUAAUAUGCAGUAUGACACUGCUGCCCUCCUACACUGUGUAUGAAAUCGAGCAAGACAGGCUGGCCACUCACAAAAGGAUAGAGACACCAGCUACUGACAUCAUAUGGCUUCACUGCACCACCGGGAAACCGUCAAAUGAAACCUGAGACCUCUGUUUGAAAGUAUAUUUAGGUGUUCAACAAGAAGACUGAUGAGAAGGAGGGGACUCACUGAACAACUCACGAUCAGUGGACACCUUCCUGUGGACCUGGGUCUCAGUCUUCAAAGUAAGAAAGACAAGACAAAGCCUAGACUCAGGCACUUCUAAAGGCAAAACAUCUUUUGACAACAAGAGCCUUCUAAAGUGUCCUCAGUGAUCAUGGCCUCCACAGGUCUGCAGGUGCUGGGCUUGGUGUUAGCGGUGCUGGGUUGGGUGUGUGGAGCGCUGGUGUGUGCGGCUCCUCUGUGGCGAGUAUCAGCCUUCGUCGGUGGGGAGCUGGUGAUCGCCCAGGUGCUGUGGGAGGGACUGUGGAUGAACUGCUUGUCUCAGACCACGGGACAAAUCCAGUGCAAGACCUACGACUCCACUCUGGCCCUGCCCAUGUCCGCCCAGGUGGCCCGGGGCCUCACGGUUCUCUCCCUGCUCCUCUGCCUUCUGGCCCUCAUGUUGGGGGUGGCCGGGGCCAAGUGCACUCACUGCAUGGGCGACGGGAACCAGGCCUCCAAGGCUCGGCUGGCUGGGAUAGCAGGGGUGCUGUUCAUCGUGGCUGGCCUUGCCUACCUGAUACCCAUCUGCUGGACCUCCUACACAAUCAUCAGGGACUUUUAUGACCCAAACGUUGCAGCGCCUUUGAAAAGGGAGCUGGGGCCGGCGCUGUACCUGGGCUGGGGGACCAGUGUGCUGCUCCUGGUGGGGGGAGCUCUGCUGCACGUUGGCUCCUCUGCACCAGGAGGAAGAGCGCUGCCUGUUUUCGGAAGAGGAAAGGACAAUGCUUCUUCGGUGGCCGCAAGCGAGGGGAAGCAACCGGAAAAAUCUUUUGUAUGAGGUAAUUUUAUCGGACGUGCAAAAUACGAACAGACUCCGAGGUCACGCCCUAUCAGAGGUGUAUCUGGAAACUGCAAUGUCUUGAUCUAUUAAAGGAUUUGUUGUGUUUUAUAUUUUCACGAAGAAGAAUUUGUUUCUUUAAGUUAUUUCAUUCCCUCUUUGACAUGAUACACUACAGAGCAAAAGAUUUCCAACAGGAUUUACUUUAAGGGCUUUGUGCCAUAGAAAUGGUUGAAAUGGAUUGUGGGAGGACUUUAGAUGUUUACUAAUGCAUGUGACAUUUCUCAGAUUCCACUCUGCCUCUGCUUGUGUUAGUGUGUGUGUGUGUGUGUGUGUGUGGGUGGUGUGUGUACAGAAGGCCAGUGUGCGCUGUGCAUCUGUGUAUGCUGGUGUUUGUGUGGGCAGUUGGAAGAUGCUUGUUUAUUUUUCCACUUUUAAAAAAAAAUGUAUGUCUUUAUGCUUAACAUUUUUUCCAUUAUCUUUCUGUGAUUUAUUUGUUUGAUUUAUUGAUUUAUUCUACAGACUGCUUAGUUAUUAAUUCAGAACCAACUAUUUUUGUCAGCUGACUUGAAAAAAAGUUUUUGCAUUCAUCUUCUGCUUGUAUUUGAAUAAUUCUGUAUACAAUGAAUAAAACAGUUGAUUAACAUACCAGUAUGUUUGGAUAGUUGCAAAAUGCAGAGUUAUAGUUGGUCGUAUGAUGCUUCUUCUAGCUAAGGUUACCUAACUUAAAAAUAUUAUACCAUAUACAUAAUGUUUAAGUGUGACAGUGCACCACUUUUCUUUUGUUUUUCUAAUAAAUAACUUUCUUUUGAUAUUUCCUCA